GAAGGCGGAGCAACGGAGGGCUCCCGGCGCGGCCCACGUGAACGGGGCGGAGUUAGAGCCCGACUUUCUAGUUGCCAGGCCCGCUCUGCCCCGGUGGCCGAGUCUGCACAAACCCGCGUGGAGCCGCCUCCUGGCCCGGCUUCCCUGCCAGCAGGUCACUCUGCCGACAGCAGCUACGGGGAGAGUGCAUUUAACUUAACCCAGAGAGGGCAGCCUAGCCUUACCUCCACCGAGCCCUGGGGAUGAGGAGCGAGGAUCUCACACUGAAUAUAUUUCUAAAGUGCCUGUGUCAGCCAGCAGAUCAGACCACAAGGCCUGCAAGAGAAGCCUGAGGCUGUGGAGGGCUAGUCUCGCCAAGCUCGGCCUCCCCUUGGACGGUGGGACCUGAACAAAACUAGGUGGACCUGGCCGCCUCCAUGGCACACCGGCUGCAGAUACGACUGCUGACGUGGGACGUGAAGGACACACUGCUCAGGCUCCGUCACCCCGUUGGGGAGGAAUAUGCCUCAAAGGCCCGGGCCCAUGGGCUGGAGGUGGAUGCCAUGGCCCUGGGACAAGCCUUUGGGCAGGCAUACAGGGCUCAGAGCCACAGCUUCCCUAACUAUGGCCUGAGCCAGGGCCUGACCUCCCGCCAGUGGUGGCUGGAUGUGGUCCUGCAGACCUUCCAUCUGACAGGUGUCCGGGAUGCCCAGGCUGUGGCCCCUAUCGCUGACCAGCUAUAUGAGGACUUAAGCAGCCCCUGCAGCUGGCAGGUACUAGAGGGGGCCGAGAGCACCCUGAGGGGGUGUCGCCAACGAGGUCUGAGGCUGGCAGUGGUCUCCAACUUUGACCGUCGGCUAGAGGACAUCCUGGUGGGUGUGGGCCUACGGAAACACUUUGACUUUGUGCUAACCUCGGAGGCUGCUGGCUGGCCCAAGCCUGACCCCCGCAUUUUCCAUGAGGCCUUGCGCCUUGCUCAUUCAGAACCAGCAGCGGCAGCCCAUAUUGGAGACAGCUACCACUGUGAUUAUCAAGGGGCUCGGGCCGUUGGCAUGCACAGCUUCCUGGUGGUUGGCCCAGAGCCUCCCGACCCCGAGGUCAGGGAUUCUGUACCUGAAGAACACAUCCUUCCCUCACUGUCCCAUCUCCUGCCUGCCCUUGACCGCCUAGAGGGUGCAGCCCCAGGGCGUGGAGGCAGGUGAGGGAAGAGGCAGGUGAGGGAAGUGGCCGGACCCUGAACCAUGGAGAAAACCUUAAACAAACACUGGAAACCAGAGCCCCUCAGGUCUGGACUUUGCACAUGUCCCUGCAGCCUCCAUAAUCACAGUAUAAAGCAGUGAGGGCCAGGCUUUUAGCCUCGCUCUGCUAACCAGCUCCUGAGCUCUGAGUUCUCACUCUCAGUCAUGCCAUACGUCCCCCUCACCUCCGACAAAGUUCACUGAGAGCCCACAUAGCUUCAAAACCAGGCACUUCCUGCUGGGAACCAUGUGAUGGAAUAAGGAUGUAACCAAGAGAAAAACAAGAUUGAACGAGGAAACACAUUGCAUAGCAACCAGUUGGGACAGUCUUGGGAGCAUGAAGUCUGGAACACUGGACUGAGAUGAGCAUGUAUAAUUGUGGGUCAUUAAUCUCAAGACAGACCCAACAGGAAAGAAUCUAUGCAUUGUCCCCCUGCCGGGAACCAUAGGAUUGUUUGCCCAGAUAAUAGUCAUGGCCUAUGAGUUCAUUUUUCUUCAAGAGCCUGCAGCUCUUCAUGAAGCAGAUGGAGAACAUUCUCCUUACUCCCUGCUUAAGAUAGUAUAAAUUUGGGGCCGGCAGGUGGUGUGGUGGUGAAGGUGCUAGACUCCCACAUGGCUAGUCAUGGUU